AUGGAUACAAAAGUUAAAUUAUUAUUAGUUUUAAUUGCAACAGUUUGUGUAAAUGCAGUUAGUUACAGAGAUUAUAAAGUAUAUGAUGUAGUCCCUAAAACAAAAGAAGAUGUGAGUAUUCUGAAAAACCUUCUAGAAGAAAACAAAUAUAUUUUCUGGAGUUAUGCUGUCAAAGUGGAUAACGUUGUGAAAAUUAUGGUAGCCCCAGAGAAAAAAGAUGAUUUUGAAAAAUAUCUGAGUAGUGCUGGUAUUGACGCAAAAUUAGUUAUCGAGGACGUUCAAAGACUUGUGGAUGCACAACUACAGAGGCCUGUGAGUCGAUCGCAACAAGAAUACAAUUGGGAUUAUUAUCAAACAUUAGAUGAAAUUUACGCGUGGUUAGACAAAGUUGCCGAGGAUCAUCCAAAUGUUGUUUCAACAUUCGAAAUUGGAACAACUAUAGAAAACAGAGCAAUUAGAGGUAUUAAAAUUGAUUAUAAGAAACAAGAAAGACCUACGAUAGGUUUCUUGAAAGGAGGUUUACAUGCUAGGGAAUGGAUAACACCCGCGACCCUUACUUGGAUAGUUAAUCAAUUUCUAACAAGUGAAGAUACAAAUGUGAGGAAUCUUGCUGAAAACGUUGUAUGGCACGUAAUUCCAGUGGCUAAUCCUGAUGGUUAUGUUUACACUUUUACUAAUGAUAGAAUGUGGAGAAAGAAUAGAAAUAGAGCUAAUUUUACAUCCUGCGCACAUUUGGGUCUCAAUGAUGAUAUGAGUAAUGGUAUCGAUUUAAACAGAAACUUCGGAUACUUGUGGAUGACUACUGGUGCAUCGCAAGAUCCUUGCACGCAAACAUUCGCUGGUCCAACUGCUUUUUCUGAACGAGAAUCAGUAGCCAUUGCUAAUUAUAUUUAUAGUUUACAAAGGCAAGGGAAUCUUGUUUAUUACUUGGGUUUCCAUUCGUAUACCCAAUUGAUCUUAGUGCCAUACAGUCACGUUGGCGGAGCUGAUGUCUUGUCCGUUCCAAAUUAUGGUGAUUUGUUCGAGAUAGCAGCCAAAGGCGCAGCGAAGCUGACAGAAAGAUACAACACCCCUUAUCGCAUUGGGACAUCAGCAGACAUUUUAUAUGAAGUAUCUGGUUCUGGCUUCGACUGGGCUAAAGGUCAAGCUGGAGUACCUGUAGUACUCCUAUAUGAACUUCGCGACUUAGGACAAUAUGGUUUCCUUUUGCCAGCAGACCAAAUCGUUCCAAAUAGUGAAGAAGUACUGGAUUCGCUAGUUGAAAUAGAUAGGGUGACAAGACAAAUAGGAUAUUAUCAUUAUCAAAACGGCGGUCAGAUUCUAAAAACUAGCAUACUCUUAUUGGUCAGCGCUAUGUUGUUUGUUUUGUAAAGAAUAAUUAAUUGUUAAAAUCACAAUUGUUGAUCAUGA